UCCUCUCUCUUUUUUUACCAAAAAAACCCUGAUUAGUUGAAUCUCUUGCUUUCAAUCUGUUGAAGAAUUGAUUUCAAAAAGAUGUCGGGGAGAAAGAUUACUUUGAAGAGCUCGGACGGCGAAUCCUUCGAGGUCGAUGAAGCGGUGGCUUUGGAAUCUCAGACCAUCAAACAUAUGAUCGAAGACGACUGCGCCGAUAACGGAAUCCCCUUGCCCAAUGUCACCAGUAAGAUCCUCGCCAAGGUCAUUGAGUACUGCAAAAAGCACGUUGAUGCUCCUAGGACCGACGAUCGAUCAGCCGAUGAAGACCUUAAGACUUGGGACGCUGACUUCGUCAAGGUCGAUCAAGCUACUCUCUUCGAUCUCAUUUUGGCAGCAAACUAUUUGAACAUCAAAGGCUUGCUGGAUCUUACAUGUCAAACCGUUGCUGACAUGAUAAAGGGAAAGACCCCUGAAGAGAUCAGGAAGACAUUUAACAUCAAGAAUGACUUCACCCCUGAGGAGGAGGAGGAAGUUCGCCGGGAGAAUCAGUGGGCUUUUGAAUGAACUAUUGACUAUUUGGAUGUUAUGAAAGCCUGGUAUAUUAGAUGCAUAUAGUUAUUAUUGCUUUACUUCUUUCGCUGUUUUCAUUGGUACUUUUGGAUUUUCUGAGUUCUUUAAGUGACUUGUAUGUUUAGUAUCAAAUGAUUUUCAUGA